CUCCGUGUCUCACUUUCUUCUCUUAUUUUUCUCUCUCCUCUCUGUCUCUUCGUCUCGUCCUCCUCUCUUGCCUUUCUUUUUCUCUUCAGCAUCUCCAUGUCUCUCCCUUUCUUCUUCUUCUUUUUUUCUCUCUCCUCUCUUGCCUACCUCCUCUAACUCAAAAUCAAAAUGGCUAAGAUCGGUGACGAUGUGGGCAUGUCUUGGAGGUUGAGAUCGGCGACAGUGUGGGUAGCUCAGUUUGUGGGUCUUGCGGUGGUUCGGUGGAUGUGGAUGAGUUUCGGCGGGUGUGGCUGGGUUUUGGUGGGUUUGUGAUUUGAUUUUGGGUGGUGGGGUUUCUGAUUUGUAGGGGUUGUGGCCCUUGUGGGUGGUAGUGGUGGUCUUUUUGGGUUUGGUUGGUUUCAAUUUGGAGGGAUUGAUAGUUGGGUGUUGCGGCUAUGGGUGGAGGUGGCUGUGGCUGUGGCUGUGGCUGUGGCUGUGGUUGUGGAUGUGGAUGUGCAGUGGUUUCCAUGGCAGUGACAGUAGUUGUUAUGGGUGGUUAUGGCGGGGUGGCGGUGGCUUUGGCGGUUAUUUAUUGGCAAUAAUCAUGACAUCGAGUGGCAAUUACCCAAGAAUGGUGGAGGAGAUGCAGUGCAAGAAGCAACAACAACAUCGAAGACAUAUAUUCUUGACCCAAGGGAGAAGUUCCUUCAAGGGUGGAAUGUAGUAUUUGUGUUGUCAUGCGUGACUGCAGUAGCACUGGAUCCAUUGUUCUUUUACCUUCCUGUGAUCAUUCAAGACAAGAAGUGCAUUUGGUUCGACAAUAGAUUGUGGAUCACAGUUCUAGUUUUGCGAUCCUUCUUCGAUUUCAUUUAUCUAGUGCAUAUUAUAUUGCAAUUUCGUACUGGUUUUAUAGACAAAAAGCUUCUGAAAAGUGGAAAACCUGAGUUAAAUACAAAUGCUAGGAAAAUAGCUAAGAAGUAUUUGUGGCCACGCUUAAUAUUCGACAUUCUAGCUAUUCUUCCCAUCCCACAGGUGGUAAUUCCGACUAUUUUUUCAGAAAUGAGAGGCACGAAAACUUCAAAUAAAGUGAAACUCUUGAACACUAUUGUUCUUUUCCAAUAUGUGCCAAGGGUAUCUCAAAUCUACCUAUCCUGGAAGAAACUAACAAGAAAUGACAAGAAGUUUGAUAGAAUCAUACUGGUCAGAGCGUCAUUGAAUUUCAUACUAUACAUCCUUGCUGGUCAUGUAUUGGGAGCCUUUUGGUAUUUCUUCUCUUCUCAACGACUAGCGGCUUGUUGGCACAUAGCAUGUGAAAAUCAAAAGGAAUGUAGAAGUUCAUUUAACUGUGACCAAAAUUUUGGAAAUCUCUCUUUUAUAGAUGAUAUUUGCCCUAUAAAGACCGAAAAUACAACGUCAUUUAACUUUGGAAUAUUUCUUGAAGCCCUUCGAUCUGGUGUCUUAGAUUCCACAGAUUUUCCACAAAAACUAUUUUACAGUUUCUGGUGGGGCAUGCGAAAUUUGAGUUCCCUUGGUCAAAACCUCCAAACAAGUAACUAUAUAUGGGAAAAUUGCUUUGCACUUUGUAUUUCCAUCUUUGGCAUGAUACUAUUUCUAUAUUUCUUGGGAAAUUUGCAGAUGUACAUGCAGUGGACAACAUCAAAAUCAAUUAAAAAGUGGGAAAAGAAACGCAUGAAGAUGAAGUCGAGUAAACGACAAAAGCAACAAAAAAAUCUUAAGUCGUGGAUGUCCAAACAUGAAUUUCAUGGUGCAACAAAGGGCAAUAUUAAUGACUACAUAGGUCAGAGAUAUGAAGCAGACGAAGACGUUUAUGUCGAGACCCUUAUCCCUGAUCUUCCUUCUGAACUUCAAAGCGAUGUCAAGCGCCAUAUCUGCUUAGAUCUACUAAAGAAUCUGACUAUCAUAAAAGAUAGUGGAUUUGCUAAGAAGAACCACUAUUGCUUAAAAUCUGCGACUCUCUCAAACCAGUGUUCUUCAACGAGCACCAGUACAUUGUUAGGGAGGGAGACCCAAUUGAUGCAGUAUUCUUGUUUACAGAAGGCAUUGUAUGGACUUAUACAAGCAACAAUGGUGAAGGAUCUGACCCUCGACAUGCUGAGCGUCUUGAAAAAGGUCAGUACUUUGGAGGAAAACUUCUUGAAUGGGUUUUGUCACCUACCUCCGACGACAUGUACAACCUAUCAAAACUCCCUAUUUCUUCAAAAACCCUGAAAACACACACAAAAGUGGAAGCCUUUGCUCUAAUGGCCCAUGACUUGAAACAAAUAUGGCAUUCUAAGUUGUCAAGAUUAGGCCAAGAGCAAUUGCAGUCUAAGGCAGCUGCUCGUGUACAGCGAAUCUGGCGCCGCAAUCACCCGAAGACAGAUGAUAGCAAUAGCGUUGGUGGUGGUUCAAGAAAACUUCAGAAUCCAGCAAAGCCAGACAGUAUUGUUGUUGCAAAGAAAUAGUUUGUUUUCUUGUCUUUGUAGUAUUAAGUUAGUUUUUCUAGUCAUACGAUUGCUACUUGUUUGGAUUCUGAAAAUGAUAAUGGUAGAAUUAGAAAAAGAGUAACGUGUGAAACCAUAAAUUGUUCAGGGGAACAUUUUUAAAUUCAAAUAAGGAUUUUGCCUAA